AUUCUCCACACCAGCAGAUGUCAGUACAAGGACAAUAUUCAACACCUUCAAUAAAAGACCUGCAGUUCACCGUCUGAGUGCUGGAUCAUCUCUCUAUGCAUGUUGUCUUGUGAGUUGAAUGCAGAAUCUCCAGCCGGUUUCUGCUGAAGGUGUAGCACAGCAACAAGACGGAAAGAUGUCUGACGCCCUCGUCGUCACCUUCCAAUCCCAGCUCUCUAUCGUCAUGGAGACAAUUCUCAAGUCAGCCAUGAUUGAGAUCACCAGGCUGGUGGAAGACAGCUUCAUAGAGGAAGUGGCACGUGGCAAGCAGGAGGUGGAACUGCUUCUGCGCAGGCUGCAGUUUUCUGAGAGCAAACUGAAGGAGAAGGAGACGAGGGUACGAUGUACAGACUGUGGAAGAGCCACAGCCAGUGGAGAGAGGACUACAGAGAAACCAGCAGAGACACUCACAGGUGAAGAUGCUCUAUGCUUCAGGCUUAGCUUGAGGGAGCAGUCUGAAAAAAGGCCUCAGUUCAGUGAAGUCUGGAGGUCUACAGAGAGUCUGGACUCCUACAGAACUAGAGAAACACACAGUGAUAAAGAGAAGAACAUAAACGUGCUUGAAAAAAGAGGGAAGCAGGAAUCCACAUCUACUCCAGAAGUGCAACAUCCUCAGUGCAUCAAUGCACCGGUCACAAGGACCCUCGAGGCCUGUAGCAACCCCAAACCCAGAGAAAGUCACUGCAAGACACCUGUCAUGGACUUCACUCCAAGUAAAGACAUCGACUUGGCCCAGUCUCGAACCGUUCCAAGUGCUACAGAGGAAGACGGGGCACGCGAGUUGGCACCGUCUCCAUCGUAUCCCACUGUGAAAUCUGAGCGCCAUCCCGAUCCGGUCGCUAUUAAAGAAGAAGAAGAGAUGUUCCCAGUGUGGGAUUGCGGAGAUGACUGCGCUCCUGCAGAAACAGACCAGAAUCUCGCCGGAUCCUGGAGUCGAGAUGAAACACAGAUGACCCAAAUGCAUCCUGAAACUUCUCCGACAGACUUGGUCAAAAUGUGCACCAUAAACAGACAGAGAACAUUCAGUCAGGUGGUGGCCAGAGAGAUCCUGACCCAGUUCCAGGUUUGGCAGCGGGCCUGCUACAGUAGAAACAUUGAAUGGGGCCCAAUUACAGCAAAGAUCAUUUCUGCUUUACCGUAUUUGUCUGGGAGGGAGACGGAGGUGAUUGUGCGCUGUACUAAAAUGCUACAUAAUCGCAGGGAUUACCUCCGUAGGAGAGCAAAGUGACACCUGUUAAGGGGUGGGAUAUAUUACGCAGCAUCAGAGUUGAUGUGUUGGAAGCAGGAAAAAUGGGUAAGCGUAAGGAGCUGAGUGACUUUGAUAAGGCCCGAAUUGUGACGGCUGGACGGCUGGGUCAGAGCAUCUCCAAAACAGCAGGUGUUGUGGCGUGUUCCCAGUAUGCAGUGGUUAGUACCUACCAAAAGUGGUCCAAAUAAGGAUAACCGGUGAACCGGCGACAGGGUCAUGGCUCACUGAAGCGCAUGAGGAGAGAUUAGCCCAUCUGGUCCAAUCCCACAGAAGAGCUACUGUAGCACAAAUUACUGAAAACUUUAAUGUUGGCUAUGACAGAAAAGUGUCAGAACACACAGUGUGGGAUGUUCUGGACAAACAAGUCAGAUCCAUGGAGACCCCACCUCACAACUUGCAGGACUUGAAGGAGCUGCUGCUAACGUCUUGGUGCCAGAUACCACAGCACACCUUCAGAGGUCUUGUGGAGUCCAUGCCUCGACGGGUCAGAGCUGUUUUGGCGGCACAAGUGGGACGUACACGAUAUUAGGCAGGUGGUUUUAAUGUUAUGGCUGAUCAGUGUAUAUUCAUGAUAUUUGUAUUUCAGCUCAAAAGAUGAAUAUGAGGCAAGAAAAUGUGCUGUGCUUCAGCCUCUGUUCUUCUGAUAUAAAUACUCAUAUAAUGAAUAUCGACCAAAGAUAAUCUGGUCAUUGCAUAUUAUAUAAAUACAUCGUAUAAAUUCCCCCAUAUAAGCACUUCAGACAGAGAGGAGUCGCACUUAAGCUCAGUAGAAGCAGAAACAGUGGAAACAGGUUGUGGCAUCUGUCUGGCUGGAAUAAAAACGCACAACCCCUCUGGCCCUUUGUAGAUAAGAUUGAAGACUUAAUCCAUGUGACCUUUGAUGAUAUAAUUAUCAGUUUCCUCGCGGGGAAGGAAAGGAUGACGGGGAUCUUUCUUUCCAUCUUCAUUAUUCAACACACCAGCUCAUCAGGUGUCUUCACAGUUCCAAAUGUUCUCAACAAACCUGUGUGUGCAGUAGAUUUAAAACGAUUCAGUGCCAGAUGUACUAAAUACCGGCAUCUGCUUUCCUAGUCUUGUCAUGGUAGUAUUUGUAGUAUUGUCAUGCUGCAGGCUGUGACUGAGAAUGAUCUAAGCCAUCACUACAACAAUAAAAUCUGAUUACAAGGGGGUAAAAACAAACGACACUGUUUAUUUUUAU